AUGGCGACCCUGCUGCUCUUCUCCUUGGUCAGCUGUCUCGUUGCUGUGAAUCAAGCCAGCCUCAUCAACCGAUGUGAUUUGGCCAAGGUGCUGCACCAGGAAGACUUGGAUGGCUUUGAGGGCUACUCCCUGAGUGACUGGCUGUGCCUGGCUUUCGUGGAAAGUGACUUCAACAUAACAAAGGUAAAUGAAAAUACAGAUGGCAGCUUUGACUAUGGCAUCUUCCAGAUCAACAGCCACUACUGGUGCAACGAUUACAAGAGUCACACGGAAAACAUUUGCCAAGUGGACUGUCAAGAACUGCUGAGCCCCAAUCUUCUUUCAAUCAUCAACUGUGCGAAAAAGAUUGUGUCCGGAGCAGGGGGGUUGAAGAACUGGGUAAAAUGGAGGUUGCACUGUGAAGGCCGGCCACUCUCCUACUGGAUGACAGGGUGCCACCUGGCAUGA